ACCUGUUGCCAGCGGUGUCGGUACAGGAGAAGAAGAAGGAAACGGCGUAGAAGAAGGAAGGUCGGGCUACCCCGCUGGUUUCCUGAACGGAAGAAACCGCCCUUUGGCUAAACAAAAUGAGUGUUUUCCACCAGGGAGCAGUUGAACCAGUGAGCUGAUACCAUGGUGGAUAACCGCUAUGCCACAGCCCUAGUUAUCGGCUCCGUGCUGAGCCUGCUGGCCACCGUGUACCUCUCUGUGGCCGUGGGAACCCAGCACUGGUACCAGUACAGCAUCCCGCCGGGUGCACAUGAUGGAAGCAACGCCUCAUUGUUGAGUGACGACUCUGUCGACGGCAACUUCGAUGAGAAGGCACCCGGCGAGCCCUUGUAUCACCUCAAUGGCACCAUGGGACUGUGGUGGUGGUGCAUCCUGGUGCCCAGCCAGUCCCACUGGUUCAAGGAACCAGAUCCCAAGUUUAUGAGGCACUGCGAGCGCUUCACUCUUCCUCAGCGUUUCUUGCCAAGGCACGACCACCCUGAAAACCACAACAGUGAAGAGGACCUGCUAAGGACAUACUUGUGGAGGUGCCAGUUUCUCCUGCCCUUGGUGUCUCUGGCAUUGGUGUUCCUCAGCGGCCUCGUGGGCGUCUGCGCUUGCCUGUGCCGCAGCUUCACGCCCACCCUGGCCGUGGGAGUGCUGCAUCUUCUCGCGGCUCUGUGCUGUCUGGGCAGCGUGUGCUGCUUCCUAGUCGGCGUGGAUCUCCUCCACCAGUACGCCAGACCGCCCGAGUCAUCGCUGGGCUGGUCCUUCUACCUCGCCCUCAUCUCCUUCCCGCUGCAGAUGAUGGCGUCCGCCUUGUUCCUCUGGGCGGCACGCAGCCACCGCAAGAACUACUCGCGCAUGGUCGCGUAUAGGGUGGCCUAAAAAUGGCGACUGAGUACAAUCAAAAUCUCAAAGCGGAGAAGAGGAUGUUUGUAGCCGGUCAUCAUAUGUACUGACAACAGCCAUGAAACAACAUCCAUUUGUGGUAUCGCAUCUGUGUGGCCUUUCCUCCAAAAGUGCAUGCUCAAUUAUUUAUUACUUGUGGUUUUGCUGUAGCGAUUGGCUUCUUUUUAAUUGCCAUUUCACUGCUGCUCCUCACUUUGCCAUUAACGUUUUUUUUCCUUUUUUUUUUAACAUCAUCAGUUGCACAAUGCUUCAAGAAAUCUCAGCCGUUUGUUUCAAAGUUUGUCCCACUCCAGCUUACGUGUGUCGCACUGACAAAAUGUCACUUCAUUUGAAUUGGAACCACUUGUGCUGCGCUUGAUGUUUGUGCCAGUUAAUCUCAAUCCUUUCAAGUGAUUUGUGUCCUGGUGAUCAUUUACUUUUGAUAAAACCACUCUUAAUGUCGAGCAUUCCCAAAUGUAGUUAGUUCUGUGGAAUUCUUCUUCGAAGAGGCUCAAAUUUUGUACAUCGGGGUUGGGGAGGGAAUGGUGAUAUCUGUGUCUUUUUUUGGGGUCCAAAAUAAAUGUUGACUAUGCAGUUUAAUAGCCAUCCAGCCAUUUUGUAAUUCAUUUAUCCUCACACGGGGGGUGCUGGAGCCUAUCCAAGCUGUCUUUGGGCAGGAGGCAGGGGACACCCUGAACCGGUUGCCAGCCAAUCGUAGGGCACAUAUAGACAAUUCGCGCUCACAUUCACACUUAGGGACAAUUUAGAGCAUUCUGUGAACCUGCCAUGCAUGUUUUUGGAAUGUGGGAGGAAGCCGGAGAAAACCCACACAGGCACGGAGAAAACAUGCAAACUCCACACAAGAAGGCCGGAGCCGGAAUCAAACCCUGCACCUCUGCAAUGUGAGGUCGACCUUGUGCCGCCCAGUUAAAUAUGUCCGUCUUUUAUUAAAUUAUAUCCAAACACCACUUGUCUCGAAAUAUAGUGGACGUCUGACAAAAAAAAAUUGGUAAGAGAAAUCAUUCACAUAACUUUUUACAUUUCAAUCCGUUUGAAAUUGUUUUAGUAAAAAAGAAAAUCAGUUUUAAAAAAAUCUGUUUUGACUGGAAUUAAAACGGCAUCGAGCAACAUAGUACACGGCGUGUUGAUUCAAGUUUCAUUAAAACAUUAAAAGGCUCAUUGGUGAGUAGAAAAAUCAUUAAGCAAUCACUCACGACAGCUUGACAAUCAUAAAGCAGAACACUAGCAGCCUUUUGGUGUAUUUAAUUGCUGUUAAGAA